AAAUGGUACACUAGCCCGCUAUCUUACCGCUUCGUCAACUACCCAUCAAGGUCUUCCGCAUCCAGCCCUGAUAGCUCUCUUGCUCAAGCUUUCAAUGACUGGAGUUCCGUAGCAAAAAUAGACUUCUACCAGACCAGCAACCAGAAAGCAAAUAUCCAAAUCGGUUUCUACAGGGGCGAUCAUGGGGAUGGAGAUAGUUUUGACGGCAGAGGAAAUGUUCUCGCCCACGCAUUUUUCCCGCAGGAUGGCAACCUACACUUUGAUGAUGACGAGUCGUGGUCAGCUGAUUCUUCAGGCACAAACCUACGCCAGGUGGCAGCGCACGAAAUAGGUCACAUAAUUGGGUUGGGUCAUACGAGGGAUUCAAAAGCUGUCAUGUAUGCCUACUAUACUUACAGGAAUAAUUUCCAACUGCAGCCGGAUGACGUGGCAGGAGUUAGGCAGAUAUACGGUCCGUAUUUUGUAAUGUUGUUGUUGUUGUUGUUGACAUUGUUGUUGUGGUUGUUGUGGUUGUUGUUGGAGGUGCUGUUGUUGUUGUUGUGGUUGUUGUUGGAGGUUUUGUUGUUGUUACUAAUUUAA